AUGGAUAUUUUAAACUUCUGCAAUAGCACUUACAAUUUUGAAAAUAAAGGCGAACCAUACUUCGAUAGUGUUACUAAACGAAAAUAUACUGCUGCCGUGGGGCAACCCGCAUAUUUACAUUGUCGGGUGAAGAAUCUUGGUGAUCGAGAGGUUUCUUGGAUCCGUAAAAAAGAUCUGCAUAUUCUUACGGUGGGAGUCCAUAAAUACAGCAGCGACGCACGUUUUGCUGCAAUACAUACAGAAGGUUCUGACGAAUGGAUACUUCGCGUAGCUAACGUUCAAUUACGAGACUCGGGAGCUUAUGAGUGCCAAGUGUCUACAGAACCAAAAAUCAGUUUACCAUUUUUUCUUACAGUUGUAGUGUCGAAAGCAGAAAUUCUCAGUGGUUCCGAAGUACUUGUGCGAGCUGGCUCUGAUAUUAAUCUUACGUGCGUAGUCACACACGCCCCGACUGCACCCAGUUUCAUCUACUGGUAUCGUGGCCGAAAUGUUAUAAACUAUGCUUUUCGAGGAGGUAUAAGCGUUGAAACUGAGCAACUUACACGAAAGAGCCGUUUGCUCAUCGCACGGGCUACAGUUAGAGAUUCUGGAAAUUACACGUGUGCUCCCAGUAAUUCAGAUUCAGCGUCCAUAUUAGUUCACGUAGUGAACGGUGAACGCCCAGCAGCCAUGCAAAGCAGAGCUCGAAAAUUGGCACCAACAUUACCCUGUAUGCUAUUAACUACAGCUCUGUUUAAUCGAAGAAUAUUAAGGAAACAAAAAUACACGGAUUACUACUAG